UAACUCGUUUGCUUGACGAAAAUGUAAACAAUCCAAAAAGAAAACGCAGAUAUUUACAGGAAAAACCCAUUAACAGGAUGGGUUCUGCAGCUAGUAAGAAAAAGAACGAACCAAAAACUCCAUCAAGACUUGCCCCAACUGGAGGUCAAAACAGGUCGAGAGCAUCAUCACUUACCCCAUCAACAGGAACCAAUACAGCUAGACCAAGAUCUAGGUCUAGAUCUCCAAGUAUAGUUCCCGCAAAACUAGAAACAAAAGAUUUAAUGAUAAGCUAUAGCCAUGCUGAUAAAGAAUUCAUGAAUAAACUUAAAGAUAAUUUAGAACUAAAUGGAAUUACAGUAUGGGUAGAUGUCAUAGGGUUGACAGCAGGAGUAGAUUUCCUACAGAAGAUUGGACAAGCCAUUUUAGAUGCAAAGCUUUUUAUAACUUUACUGAGCUCAAAUUCUGUUAAAUCAAAAUACUGUCAAGAUGAAGUAGCUUUAGCCUAUAUUUCCCAGAAGGCCUUAUUUCCAGUUGCCAUAGAAUCAAAGGAGACUAUUCAAGAGCAUAUGGACACAGGAUUGAAAUUACAAACAGCCAGUAUUGAAUGGAGUUAUUUCAUAAAUCCUGAUGAUUUUACUGGUGAUUUUCAAAAACUUCUGUCAAAACUCAAACUAGAACUUAAAGACCAGGGUGAAGAGAAGAAUACCAAAAAGAGACUGAAGAAACAGCAGAAUUCAUUUUCUAAUUCUCUGAAACAAUCACAGGAGAAACCAGACAAACAUUUGGUAGAGAACCCAUACAAGUACUGGUCAGAUUUGUACAAAGAUGCUGAAAUGAUAUCAUGGCAAAGAUUUAUAACAGACUUCACAAGAAUUUUUCAAUCAAAGAUGGAUGCUUUAUUCACUGGAGAAGACAAAGAAUGGUUAAUGGCCAAUCUAUACAGUGAAAUGGAAGAUGAGGAUGAAGAUGAUGAAAUGCUACUCAAAGAAAACUUCAUUAAUUUUUGUAAAGUAGAUGAAGAAAUACAACCAUUAUGGCCCCGAGUUGAAGACCAUACGAGAGAACUGUAUGCAAUGAGAGAGGUAUUUGAUAUGGACUCCUCUGUCAGACUGGAAGCUAUUCAAAAUUUAGGGAAAUUUCAAAGCACUACUGUGAUUAAUGCCUUAAGAGACUUACUUAGAAGUACAUCCUCAAAUGUUCGUGCUGUAGCAGCAGUUUCAUUGGUUAAAACUGGAGACAAAGAUCCAUCAACAGUCGACAAUCUGAUGAAGUGCCUGAAUGAUAAGGAUCGUUUAGUAAGAGAGGCAGGAUGCUUGGCAUUAGGUCAGCUCCAUGCCAAAAAAGCAGUACCCAAACUUUUACAUUUAUGGAGAAAUGAUUUUAUUUCCCAUGUGCGAGAGGCAGCCCAGGCAUCUCUGGAACAGAUAGGUGGUAAAGAGGUAGAAGAAGCAAUGCAUAUUACCAAGGUCUUAGCUGAAGAAAUUAGAAUGUUGACAGCUGAAUAAACAAUCAGUUUGUACUAGUAGUCACAGAUAUAACUUAUAGUCUCAGGCUUUACUGUGAUAUUUAUAUCAUAUGUGUAUCUGAAUUAAUUGUCUAGUUAUUUUAAAACAUUAGUUUUUUUAAAUGUAAAACAUGAUAAAUUUACACCUUAUAUAUCUUACCAUUUGCUUUGGUUACUAUGCACUAGAGGUUGUUGCAUGUGUCAGGUUAUCUGAUUUUUCAAAGGGUUAUGUCCCCUGCAUUGUAAAAGUGGGUAGUUCAGUUUUCUGUAAACUAAUGUGACUUAAUUGUGGUGAAGACAAAAUUUGUGUGUUUUGGUUAAACAGUUAAUCUAAGCUUCAAACGUGAUGUUUGUUAAGUGAAAGUUUUCAGUGAUUUGAUUAUUUUGAAAGAUGAAAAAUGAAUAACUUUUAUAACCCAAAUAGAUUUAUAGUUGGUAUAUUUUGCCUACGUAUCUACAAUUCACUAGCAAGGCAAUCAGCCUAUUGAGGGUAGUAAUUAUUCAAGUUAAGGAUGAAUUUGAUAAAAUCAUAUAACAUAUUUAAAGAAUUUUUCUUUAUACAUAUUUUUCUUCUUACACUACGAAGGCAAAUGAAAUACAUGACUGUAUGUUAAAUUUUAUUUAGAGAAGAAAAAUUACAUGUAAUGGCCAUAUUGGUGCUUAUAUUAUCAAAAUUUACAUUUUAACCAAUUGCUGUUAAAUGUUGUUUGUAAUUAAUGAUUGUUCUGAAAGUGGCAUUAUAUAAAUAUCAAUGUAAAAAGGUUGUAUUCAGUUUGAUUUUUUGUUCAUGCUGGACCAACAUAUUAAUUCUAUUUUUGUAAUGUAUUAGAAUAAGAAUAACAGUAGUGGCUAUAAAAUUUUGUUCAGACUUUGAAGGCUUUAAAAUAAACUAUAAUAUAUGUAUAUUUGUAUGUAUUGUUUUUUAAUUUCGUUACAAUAAUUAUCUGUGAUAUUUUUGUUUAUUGAAACAGAUCUGUUUUUAUUUAUUAUAUAUUGUUGUACCUCAGAUACAAAUUUGCUCAUUGAAUAUGCUUUUGCUUUGCAUAAACAAGUUUUGAAUUUUUGUUUGUCAGAAUUAAAUUGACAUUUUUGUUGAGCCUGCAACAUUUAUGUUGCGAAAGCGAGACAUAGUGAUCCUAGAUUCCUUAGUCGUCGACAACAUUUAGGUUCAGUCUGUGGUAAAAGUUUUUUUUAGACAUCAAUAACUUUGUCAAACAUUCAUGGAAUUUUAGAGAAGUUUGUACAGAAGCUUUUUUAUGACCAACAGAAUCCAAGCAAAAUUUUGAAAAUAUUAAUUUUCAUUUUUGUCAACCUGUGACUUUUGUUGCAAAAGCGAGACAUAGCGAUCCUACAUCCCGUUGUCGUCGGCGGCAUCCACAAAUAUUCACUCUGUUGUUAAAUUUUUUGAAAUUUUAAUAACUUUCUUAAACUAUCCUAGAUUUGUACCAAACUUGGACAGAGGCUUGUUUAUGAUCAUAAGAUAGUAUCCAGAAGUAAAUUUUGUAAAAAAGAAAUCCUGUUUAUCCAUAUUUUACUUAUAAAUGGGCUUAGUUUUUCUGCCAGUUAACAUUACAUUCACUCUGUGGUUAAAGUUUUUAAAAUUUUAAUAACUUUCUUAAACUAUCCUGGAUUUGUACCAAACUUGGACAGAAGCUUGUUUAUGAUCAAAAGAUAGUAUCUAGAAGGAAAUUUUGUCCGGUUUUUCUGUAUAUUACUUAUAAAUGGACUUAGAUUUUCUUCCAGUUAACAUUACAUACAGUCUGCAGUUAAAGUUUUAAAACAUUUAUUAGAUUCAUAAACCAUCCUGGAUUUUUACAAAACUUGGACAGAAACUUCUUACAAUCAAAAGAUAGUAUCUAGAGGAAAAUUUUUAAUAAUUUGUUCCCCAUUUUUGUUGAGCCUGCGACUAACAACAAAAGUAGGCGAGACACUGUGUUCCACGGAACCCUUACAAAUUUUUCCGUAUUUUACUGAUAAAUUGACUUAGAUUUUUUUACAGUUAACAAGUAGAUACAGUCUGGGGUUAAAGUUUUUCGGUCAUCAAUAACUUUGUCAAACCUUCAUGGAAUUUUAAUGGAAUUUUAUGAAACUUUAGCAGAAGCUUUUUUAUGAUUAAGAGAUAAUGUCUGAAGCAAACUUUUGAAAAUAUAUUUUUUUUCAUUUUCAGCAUUUUUCUGAUAGAUAGACUUAGUUUUUACAGUUAACAUUUAUAGACAGUCUGGGAUUAAAAUUUUUUGACAUGAUAAAUUUGUAAACCUUCAUGGAUUGUUAUGAAACUUGGACAGAAGCUAAUCUUCAAGAACAUGAAACAGCACCUAAAGAAAAAUUUUGAUUUUUUUUUUAAAAUUCUGUAUCAAACUGAUAAAUGGACUCACUUUAUAAGUGAACAUUACACUUUUACACUGACAGCAGCAAUUGCAGGCAAGACACAGGGUUCCGCAGAACCCCUUACAAAUUUUUAUUAAUUUAUCUAUUUCAUAUAACUCAGGUAUUUUAAUGAAAGAUAUUUUUCUUUAUUUUUAAUAGUAUUUUCUUUUUAGUUCUAUUUGUAUAUAUUCUUCUGUUUGGUUGGAGGAAUAGCUGCGUAAAAUGGACAUUUUAGUUGAACGAAAGGUUUCAGUGCCCAUUAACUGAAGAAACAAACAAAACAAAUGCAUUUUGCUAUUGUGCUCCUUUGAAUGAAAUUUCUGAACAUUUUUAGUAAUUGUAGAUUAUAAAAUACGUGGUCAGAACAUGUUAGGUUAAUAUUUUCUUUUAAGUUUGAUUCCAAUCUGAAUUGACUAGGAUGGUCAGUUUUUCUUCAGGUCAGUGGUUCUCUCGAUGCACUCAGGCUUCUACCACCAAUAAAAACUGACCGCCAGGAUAAAGCCAAGAGUGUUGAAAGUGGUGUAAAACACCAACAAUCAAUUAAUCUUUUAAGUGCUAAAGACAUUAAAUUAUUAUGUAUUUAUGAUAUUGGUUGUUUAAUAAGUGGUGUGCUUCUUAUGAUGAUCAGUAUGGUUGAAAUUAUAUAUAUUUUUUAAAUUCUGCACGGUAUAUAUUGCUGUCUUUCAAAAAAAUUGUAUAUUGUACCAGAGUGUGUAGUAUUUCCCGGAUUUUAAUUGUCUUUGUGUACAUGGUAUAUCUUCCCCACACUAUUGUGUUUAUUCUGUUGGCGGAAAAAAAUCUAGGAAAAAGCUGUCAUGGAAUUUCUAUAUUACAUGUAGUCAAUUUACUCAGAAAGGACAAAGUACACUGUUUCGAAAAGUAAGGAACAAUCCAUAUUUUAUUGGCAUCAUGUGCAUGCUAUUUUGUUGACCAACCUCAGAUAGAGUGCACAAGCUUUUCAUUCUUUAGUUGUUUCUACAUCGAGUAAAAGUAUGUUUUUGCUUGAUUUCAUUUUAAUUUGAUGAAACAUUCCUCAAACACAUUAUUUAAAUGGAUUGUAAUUUGAAAUCAAUUCCCUCCAAUAAUGAUUUUCAGACAGUUAUAUAACAGAAUUUGUUUCUGGGUGCAGUAAAUUGUUUGUUUUGUAUGAAAAGCAGUCUCUUUUUCCACCCAUGAUAUUCAGCCAAAUAUCUACCAUAUUCCCAAUGCAAUACUGGCCUCUUUUUAAAAUUUAUCCUUUUUUCCCAUUGAGUGUUUGCCUAAAACCUCUAUCACAGUCUAUCACAUCAUCUGUAGAACAUGGCAUAUUUCAUUAAAAUAUCUUGUGUUUGGAUUGUUUAAAUUCAUUGUACCAAACUUUUUACAGCAAAUUUUGUAACCUUAGGGCAUAUACCAAAUUAUGGAUCAUAUAAAUUAACUGGUCUUUGAAUGACAUCUAGUUCCUUGUGAGCAAAGGAAAGAUACAAGCUGUUUUUCAUUCCCAAGCCAUAAUAAACCAGUCCAUGUGAUCAGGUGAUAAUAAAUUCCUAUUUUAAGAAAGCAUGCAGGUCAUUGUUUGAAAUAGCAUCAUAAGAGCAAAUUUAUAUUCCAUCAAUUAAUCAAGUAAGAAAUAUGGUGCAAUAAAAAAAAGGUCUUGCCAAGGUACGUGGGUGUCUUAGGACCCCAAAGACACGAUUACCGUAACCAUUGUGUGUUUUCAUUGACAGUUCAGCCGACUAGCUUUGGACAGACUGCCAUAAAAUUACUAUUAAAAACUAUUAAAGACUAGAUUCUGAUAAAAGUUUGACUUUUAAACAUUGAAAACUUCAUGACCCAAAAUAACCCCUGUGAGACAUCUUAGCUAAGGGCUUGCAUGGACUCUUAUACAUGCAUAUGUAAAUGUAUAUACUGUUAAUUCAGAAAUAAUUGCGUGCUUUUAUUAUUGCAAUUUUUGAAGAAUGGACAUAAAUGCAAAAUUAAUUAUUGCGAAUUCAGGAAAAGCUGCAUGCAGAUAUAUCAAUCAGAUAUCAGAAUGUGAGUUCUUAUUUUUGCAAUAUGCGACCAGUCGCAUUAUUCGCAAUAAUUUCUGAAUUUACAGUAGCGUAUUGAAAUUCAACAGAGAGUCAACAUCAGUAUUCCAAGAUUCUGGCUUAUUGCCAUUGCAGAAUAUUUAUUUUGCACACACUUUGAUAUUGAUUCUUGUAUGGGCAGGCUUAUUUUUAUCACCCUGGAAGAGUUAUAGAUUCAUUCCUUAACCUUUUUCAAUUUCUUUGAUGAAGGAAAGAGAAUCUUCCAAUGGCGAUAUUUCUACGCAAAACAUUCAGGCUCUUGGCUCCUUUUUAUUUUUGUUGUCCAGCUCCAGGUUCACAUCAUGGAUUCCUGGCUCCUUUUAGCAAUGUUUGUUGGUUCUGGGUUCCACUACUGAUAGGGCUUCUUGCCUCCAAUUUUAGGACUACUGGCUUAAGUAUUAGGACACUGAGCUCCAGAGGUAGCAAGAUCUGGGCUUUAAAGGAACUGGUAGAGCCAAUGUUAUUUCCACAACUUAUAGCAAUUUAAACAACAGCAUGCCACUUGAAAUUAUCAGAGUUUCACCAAAUUACUUAACUUUUUUUCUGAAUUCCCAUGGGGAAAAAUAGUGUACUGAUUUUUUAUACCACGUUUUGUUUGAAUAUCAAGUGUCAGUUAAUCAUUGUAGUUUGUUUUUAAUAUAUAGAUAUUUAGUAUGAAAUUAUAAAUUUUUUUUCACAGUGCUGAUUUUUAGGUAGGGUCGCACUGUCAUACAAAAGCAUCAUCUAUGAAGUACUUCAUUUGUUUUUUAUGUAUUUAUUAAGACUGAUUUAUUUACAGUUUUACAGUUUAUUUCGUAUAAAAAAAAAAAUAAUUGGUCAUAAUAAAAUAGUUUUCUUUCACAA